GCAUUAGGAGGGUUAUCAGUCUGGACUCCAGGUUCAGAUUCCGCCUCCUUUGUUUCUUUAGAACAUUGGUGGUCUGGAGGGAGAACCUAGCACCUUAGAUGUUUGUCUCCAUGGGUUCUGAUCCACAGUAACCAUGGAUUAGCAGCGCCUUUCCCUUAGCAUUAGCUGUUGACACGCUUCUGAACUGUAACUGGACGUCCAGAACCGAGAACUGAUCUGAAACACCAACCGUAUGUCUGAUGAAAAGUUCCGACUCUGUUUCUGUCGGAGCUUCAGUGUGUGACACCGGACGGAAGUAGAAGCGGCGCUAGCUGGGUUAGCAUCGUUAGUUUACGUUUUGCUGGGAUUCAUCUUUAGGAGAACCACAGAUCUGAACUGGACCUGGCAACCUCCCAGAAACCCAUCCAGAACAGAUCUUAAAGCCAGGACCCCAAAUUACUGCCUGCAGGUUCUGGGAGGCUUUGACCCUUCAGCUCGGCCCACUUUGCGAGUGUUUCCAUUCUUGUUUUUUCUGUACCGGUACCUGGUUGUUUGGUCCCUGGUCCUGAGCAGGUCCGAUCGGGGCUCAGUCGGGACUACAUGUGACGUGAACAGACUGCUGUCCACUGACUGGCUGUGGGACCAGGAAGAAUGAGAAGGUUUUCCUAGAGGCAGUGCAGGGAGAAGACGGCUGGAGCGGGUCAAACCCAAAUAUAAUUUUAUUAUUUACUAAUCAUAAACCAGCCUGAAGGCUGAAAGAAAAGAAAAGGGACACAUGGACGUCCUGAAUGACACGCAGGAGGUGUGCAGCUUUCAUUCUGGCUUUAAGCCAUACUCCAGGGACAUCAGAGCAGGCCACGUCCACCGAGCUGGUCCCGCCGAACUGAUCCCACCAAACUGGUCCAACCGAGCUGGUCCCACCGAGCUGGUCUCACCGAACUGGUCUCACCGAGCUGGUCCCACCGAGCUGGUCUCACCGAACUGGUCUCACCGAGCUGGUCCCACCGAGCUGAUCCAACCGAGCUGGUCCCACCGAACUGGCCUCACUGAGCUGGUCCUACCGAACUGGUCCCACCGAGCUGAUCCAACCAAGCUGGUCCCACUGAACUGGCCUCACCGAGCUGGUCCCACCAAACUGGCCUCACCGAGCUGGUCCCACCGAACCGGCCUCACUGAGCUGGCCUCACCGAGCUGGUCCCACCUAACUGGCCUCACCGAGCUGGUCCCACCGAACCGGCCUCACUGAGCUGGUCCCACCGAACUGGCCUCACUGAGCUGGUCCCACCGAACUGGCCUCACCGAGUUGGUCCCACCGAGCUGGUCCCACCGAACCGGCCUCACCGAGCUGGUCCCACCGAACCGGCCUCACCAAGCUGACCCAACCGAACUGGUCUCACCGAACUGGUCUCACCGAGCUGGUCUCACUGAACUGGUCCCACCGAGCUGAUCCAACCGAACUGGUCUCACCGAACUGGUUCCACCGAGCUGAUCCAACCGAGCUGGUCCCACAGCCACAGACCUCCAGCAGAUUUCUUUUCUGUUGACUCCAGAGGUUUUUCUGAAACUGAGAGAGGAAAUCACUCUGAACCUGAAGAAACAAAAGCCUCCCCAGAUGGAAGAAGAAAAGGAACCAGAUGCUCCAAAUAUCAAACAGGAACAGGAGGAACUACUCUUUAAACAUUUAAAAAAUGAACAACAUGCUGAAGAUCUCCAGAUUAAAGAGGAACAGGAUGAAUACUGCACCAGUCAGGAUGAAGUACAGCUCAUCCUCAAGGAGGAGAUGGAUACAUUGGUGAGGAAACCUGCUUGUGAUAUAAGGGACAACAAGGAACCGGAACAAUGCAGGGACCGGGCCCAACACUCUCUUGUAGCUGAAAACCAGGAGCAGGAAGGAAAGAGAAAGAAAAAAUCCAGACUGAGUAAAAAUUCACACCCAAGGUCAAAGAGGAGAUGUCAGAUAUCCAGACUUCAAAAUGAUGGUGCAGAUAUUUCAAAAAGUAAACGGCGCAAAAGAUCUCCGAUUCCCACAGAAAAACGUGUGUUUUCCUGUAAAGUUUGUGGCAAGAGUUUCAUCCAAAGUAGCCAUUUAAAUAAUCACAUGAGAUCUCAUGCCAGUAAGAAACAAUAUCCGUGUGACGUCUGCGGUAAGUUUUUAAAUGACAAAGGUAGUUUAACUGUCCACAUGAGAACUCACACAGGUGAGAAGCCUUUCACAUGUCCCACCUGUGGGAAAAGUUUUGGUGCAAGAAGCAGCUUUAUUGCUCAUGUAAGGACUCACACCGGUGAGAAGCCUUUUCCUUGUUCAAGCUGUGAGAAAAGUUUCAUCGUAAAAAGUCAUCUAAUUACUCACAUGAGAAUUCACACAGGGGAGAAACCUUUCCAAUGUCUCACCUGUGGAAAACGUUUUGGAGCAAAAAGUAAUUUAAAUACUCACAUGCGGACCCACACAGGUGAGAAACCUUUCACAUGUGUGAGCUGUGGAAAAAGUUUCAGUGUAAGGAGUCAUCUGAUCACUCACCUGAGAACUCACACAGGUGAGAAGCCAUACUCUUGUCCUUACUGUGGCAGAAGUUUCAGUCUGCGAAGUCAUUUAAAUGUUCAUAUGAGCACGCACACAGGUGAGAAGCCUUUUCCAUGUGUGGCGUGUGGCAAACGUUUUCGAGUACGAAGUAGUUUGACUAUUCACAUGAGAACACACACUGAUGAGAAGCUGCACAUUUGUGAAGUGUGUUGUAAAGGGUUCACUCAGAGUAGCAGGUUGGCUUCUCACAUGAGAAUUCACACAGGAGAGAGGCCUUUCCCAUGUUUGACAUGUGGGAAAUGUUUUAGUGCAAAAACAUAUCUGAAUACACACAUGAGGACUCACACAGAUGAGAAGUCUUACCUGUGUGUGAUCUGUGGAAAUAGCUUCAGUCGAAAAAGCAACUUGAACAGACACAUGAGAACGCAUACAGGUGAGAAACCCUAUGAUUGUGAAAUGUGUGGAAAAUCCUUCGGUUGUAGUGGGAGCUUAACUGUUCACAUGAGAUCUCACACAGGUGAGAAGCCUUUUCCAUGUAAAACCUGUGGGAAAAGUUUCAGUGUAAGAGGUUAUCUGAUUAUUCACAUGCGAACUCACACAGGUGAGAAGCCUUUCCCAUGUGUCACCUGUCGGAAAAGCUUCCUUUUAAGGAGUCAUUUGACUCGCCACAUGAGAGUUCACACUGGUGAGAAGCCCUUCUCUUGUGCAACGUGUGGGAAAGGUUUCAGUGUAAGAUGUCAUAUGAUGGCUCACAUGAGAACUCACAAAGAUGAGAAAAGUCUUUCUGAUGAGAGGCCUGUGGGAAACAUUUCAAAGUAGUUCAGAUGACAAUUCAGCAAACCGUUGGAAAGUUGGGGUUCGAUUUUCAGUCAAAAUGUCAAAUCCUAGACGGGUAGAAAGCAUUUCCUUAGUAACCCGUAGCUUUAACCAAUGAAAGACAUGAGCUUCCUCAGCUAUGAUCUGUAACCAUGUCAGAUUUGUUUUUCAUUUGGAACGCAAAGACAUGUUAAAGAUAGUUGAUGUAAAGAACUUUGCUGUGUAUUUCUUUGUCAUUUUGUGACAAAUCUGCUGCUUGUACAGAUUUUGUGAUUUAUGUUUAUAUGGCAACAUGUCUUCUUAGGUCCUUUAAAGGCCUAAAGUUUAUGGUUAAAGUUCUGGAGAACAUUUUCUCUUGUUAUCCACUUGAACUUGAACUCAGCAUCCGAAUCACAAAGCAAGUAGCACCAACAGUAUAUUAGCACAAACAUACCCAUAAAAUUCUGCAGGUGUAAUCAUUUCAGUCUUCUUUCGCCUCAGAACAAAAUUUUUCUUCCUCAGUAUUGCUAUCAUGAGCACAACAGUUAACAAAAAUCGGAGGAAUAGAAAAAUGUUUUCUAGAAAUGAACCAUGACUACUAAAGUUUUAAAGUAGCGCCCAAAAACUUUACAGCUUCUCAUGUUUUUUAGUGAGGUAUCUAUAUAGGGAUCAAAACCCUUUUCUUUGUAGUCCACAGUGGAACAUGUCUGAUGCCUUUAACUGAUUAACAAUAAAAAUUGUCUGAUUGUACAGCUGCUACACGUCAUCUGUAACUUUGGUAUUUGAUCAGUAAUAAAAACUACUUAAUUAUGA